AUUCAACAGUUGCAUUUUAAAAUAACGUGAUUUAUCAUUAUUCAUUAAUUUUUUAUUUUUCCCAUUUUCUGAGAUAAAAACGCCGGCGAAACGUUAAUUAAUUCUUUAAAUUUCUGAAUUAUUAUAUUUUUAGUGUAUUACGUGUCCAGUGGACUCACACAUUCAGCCUUCAACGUAUCAUCAGCAGCUCAAACUUCAUCAUCGUUAGAGGUGUUCGCGUUGAUCCAACUUCCAACGGAAUUUCAACAGUCAUCAUGUCUUCGAGAAAAUCAACAACCAAGAGAAAAAGUUCAGUUAAUGCGAAUACAAUUUCAUCUAAGAAACAUUCUCUUACCGGAAAGAUCGUUACAGGUUUAACGUUGAAGCCGAAUACUUUGGAAACACUCAGUCCAGGAAGUGUUUUCACUUGCGGUCAGAAUGAUGUCGGUCAAUUAGGCAUUGGAGAAGAUGAAUCGGAACGGAAAAAACCAACGAUAGUUAAACAGUUGACCGAUAUAGUCGAUAUAUGUGCUGGUGGAAUGCACACUUUGUGUAUCGAUCGAAAUGGCCGAGUUUACAGCUGGGGAUGCAACGAUGAUUUCGCUCUUGGUCGUGAAACUACUUCUGAAACCGAAGCAAUUCCUGGCGAAGUUAGUAUAGAAGAAAAAGUCGUCCAGGUGACGGCCGGAGAUUCGCAUUCAGCCGCUCUUACCGAAUCUGGUAAAGUUUACGCUUGGGGAUCGUUUCGUGAUUCUCACGGUGUAAUGGGUUUGACGUCGGAUGGAAAGCAAAAAGUACCUACGCUAAUUAUGAAUAACGCUGCUAAAAUCGCUUCUGGUACCGAUCAUUUGCUCAUAUUAUCCACAAACGGAUCGUUGUACAGUUCAGGAUGCGCUGAACAAGGUCAACUUGGUAGAAUAUCUGUUAGAUUUGCUGAUCGUGGCUCGAGACGUGGAUUAGGUAAUUUAUUGAAUCCUGGCCUGAUACCUCAUCCAAAGACGAAAUUCGAUGAGAUAUGGACCGGUAGUUGGCAUUCGUUCGCUAAAGAACACCAUACCAGCGAUAUUUACUCCUUUGGCUUGAAUAAUUAUUUUCAAUUAGGAUUAAGCGAUUUCGAGGUUUAUACGUGGCCUGAAGUUAGCAAAGCGUUCUCAGCUGCUAGAACAUGGGUAUCGAUAUGCGGUGGUCAACAUCAUACUCUAGCUUUAGAUAAUAGAGGGAAAACGUACGUAUUGGGACGAAAAGAUUACGGUAGAUUAGGUCUAGGAGAAGAAAGUGACGAUAUCAUCAAGGAACCAACUAUUAUACCUAGUUUGGAAAAGAAAAAAGUUAUUUCGAUAUGUUGCGGAAGCUCUGUAUCAUUUGCAGUUACAUCAGAAGGAGAAGCCUACGGUUGGGGUUUUGGUACAAACUACCAAGUAGGAAACGAUACCGAAGACGACGUCUACGAGCCCAAACUCAUCACCGGAAAACAAAUACAGGAUUAUAAAAUAAUCAAAGUCGCGAGCGGUGGUCAACAUACGGUAUUUUUAGCUCAAAAGAGAAGCUCGUAGUCGAUGAAUAAAUUUAUCGUUUGGAACCACCAUCUGUGCCAAUUUCUAUACGGAAAAAAUCUUAAGUCUCUUGUGAUAUGAUUGUAUUAUUUUCAUUUUUUUUUUAUCGCGGAAUUACUAUUUCUUUUUCAUUUUCGUGUUUCGAUUAUUUAGUAUAAAUUUUGUUAAAAACGUAACGAAAAUUAUUCCAAAAAAGGAAUUACUUUCUUGUCUGAUAUAUUUCGUACGAUGAAUGUUUUAAACUUAAACAUUGUUUUGAACUCGUGGCCAGGUUUUAUUUUAAUUCGUAAUUUAUUAGUACGAAUUUUUUAAAUUAUUGCUAUUGAAUUGACUAGUCAACGAAAUAAAAGUGUACAGUUUUGGUAACGAAACUUAUGUAUUUAAUUAUUUAAUGUAGAAAACAAUAACAAUGAAAUCACCCAACCGUUAUUUUUUUUGAAUUUUUUUUCCUAGAGAAUUUUUUUUAUUUUUGUCAAGUUAAACUUUAUUUAUUUGUUCGUAGCAGCGAAGAUGUAAAUAUUUGUUGGAUAAUUUGUGGAAUAUCUUCUAAAUUCAUGCAUACGAAUCCUCGGCCUGCUGGAAGAGCGUUUGUUAAUCUGAAAAUAAAACACAAGUUUUUUAAGCGUACGAAUUACUUCUCUUAUUUUAUUCUUUGUCGUGUGUAAUUUGUUAUUUGAAAAUGUAUUCAGAGACUGAAAUAAAUUAGUUGUUUGAUGCCGUCUUAA